CGGCCGGAGCCCCGCAUCCCGCCCCGAGCCCCGCGUCGCGCCCGGAGGGCGGAUGAAGGCGCAGGGGGGCGCGGGGCAGCGCCCGGGGGCGACCGGCAGCACCAUGCUCCGCCUGGGCAGGCUGCUGCGGCUCCUGACUCUGGUGAAGUUGCCCUGCUGCCUGCUGGAGUUCCUGCUCUCCGAGGCGGCCCUGGGGCAGGAGAUGUACGCGCCGCACUCCAUCCGGCUGGAGGGGGACAUCACGCUGGGGGGGCUCUUCCCUGUCCACGCCAAAGGUCCCCCGGGCGUGCCCUGCGGGGACAUUAAGAAGGAGAACGGCAUCCACAGGCUGGAAGCGAUGCUCUACGCCCUGGACCAGAUCAACAGCGACCCGGAGCUGCUGCCCAAUGUCACGCUGGGCGCUCGCAUCCUGGACACCUGCUCCCGAGACACCUACGCGCUGGAGCAGUCGCUCACCUUCGUGCAGGCGCUCAUCCAGAAGGACACCUCCGACGUGAGGUGCACCAACGGAGAGCCGCCCGUCUUCGUCAAGCCGGAGAAAGUAGUUGGAGUGAUCGGGGCGUCGGGAAGUUCCGUGUCUAUUAUGGUGGCCAACAUCCUCCGGCUCUUCCAGAUCCCACAAAUCAGUUAUGCCUCAACUGCACCAGAGUUGAGUGAUGACAGGCGCUAUGAUUUCUUCUCACGUGUGGUUCCUCCAGAUUCUUUCCAAGCGCAAGCAAUGGUGGACAUUGUGAAAGCUUUGGGAUGGAAUUAUGUGUCCACUUUGGCAUCUGAAGGGAAUUAUGGAGAAAAAGGAGUCGAGUCCUUCAUGCAAAUUUCCAGAGAGGCAGGUGGGCUCUGCAUCGCUCAGUCCCUGAAAAUCCCCCAGGAUCGCAAGGACAAGACCAUCGACUUCGAUAAAAUCAUCAAGCAGCUCUUAGAAACUCCCAAUGCCAGGGCCAUCGUUAUUUUUGCCAACGACGAGGACAUAAAGCAAAUCCUGGCAGCUGCCAAGAGGGCUGACCAAGUGGGGCACUUCCUAUGGGUGGGCUCAGACACGUGGGGCUCCAAGGUCAGCCCACUGCUGCAGCAGGAGGACGUGGCUGAGGGGGCCAUCACCAUCCUGCCCAAGCGAGCGACCAUCGAGGGGUUCGAUGCCUACUUCACCUCCCGCACCCUGGAGAACAACAGGAGGAACGUGUGGUUUGCUGAGUACUGGGAGGAGAACUUCAACUGCAAGCUAACCAUCAGCGGGUCGAAGAAAGAGGAUACAGACCGCAAAUGCACAGGGCAGGAGCGCAUCGGCAAGGACUCCCACUACGAGCAGGAGGGGAAGGUGCAGUUUGUGAUCGAUGCUGUGUACGCCAUGGCACACGCACUGCACCACAUGAGCAAGGAUCUGUGUGCUGACUACGCCGGGGUCUGCCCUGAGAUGGAGCACGCAGGCGGCAAGAAGCUGCUCAAGUACAUCCGCAGCGUUAACUUCAACGGCAGUGCUGGCACUCCAGUGAUGUUUAACAAAAAUGGUGAUGCACCAGGGCGCUACGACAUCUUCCAGUACCACACCACCAACACCAGCACCCCGGGCUACCGCCUCGUCGGCCAGUGGACAGAUGACCUCCAGCUCAAUAUCGACGACAUGCAGUGGGGUAAAGGAGUGCGACAGGUCCCGUCCUCGGUCUGCAGCCUGCCUUGCAAGCCGGGAGAGAGGAAGAAGAUGGUGAAGGGGAUGCCGUGCUGCUGGCACUGCGAGCUGUGCGAUGGGUACCAGUACCAGGCCGAUGAGGUCACCUGCCUGCUGUGCUCCUACAACGAGCGGCCCAACGAGAACCGCACCGGCUGCCGCUCCAUCCCCAUCGUCAAGCUGGAGUGGCACUCGCCCUGGGCUGUGAUUCCUGUCUUCUUGGCCAUGCUUGGGAUUAUCGCCACCAUUUUUGUCAUGGCGACCUUCAUUCGCUACAACGAUACCCCCAUCGUCCGGGCCUCGGGGCGGGAGCUCAGCUACGUCCUGCUGACGGGGAUCUUCCUCUGCUACAUCAUCACCUUCCUGAUGAUCGCCAAGCCAAACGUCGCCGUGUGCUCCUUCCGGCGCAUCUUCCUGGGGCUGGGGAUGUGCAUCAGCUACGCAGCCCUGCUGACUAAAACAAACCGCAUCUACCGCAUAUUUGAGCAGGGCAAAAAGUCAGUGACAGCACCCAGGCUUAUCAGCCCCACGUCGCAGCUGGCGAUCACGUCGAGUUUGAUAUCUGUGCAGCUUCUAGGUGUCUUUAUUUGGUUUGCAGUUGACCCACCCAACAUCAUUAUAGAUUAUGAUGAGCAGAAAACUAUGAACCCUGAUCAAGCCAGAGGAGUUCUCAAAUGUGACAUAACGGAUCUACAAAUCAUUUGUUCCUUGGGUUAUAGCAUUCUUCUAAUGGUUACAUGUACUGUGUAUGCCAUCAAGACUCGGGGUGUCCCAGAGAAUUUUAAUGAAGCUAAACCCAUUGGAUUCACUAUGUACACUACCUGUAUAGUAUGGCUUGCCUUCAUUCCAAUAUUUUUUGGCACUGCCCAGUCAGCUGAAAAGCUCUACAUACAAACUACCACACUUACAAUAUCCAUGAACCUAAGUGCUUCAGUGGCCCUGGGGAUGCUUUACAUGCCGAAAGUGUACAUCAUCAUCUUCCACCCCGAGCUCAACGUGCAGAAGCGGAAGCGCAGCUUCAAGGCCGUGGUGACGGCCGCCACCAUGUCGUCCCGGCUGUCACACAAGCCCAGCGACAGGCCCAACGGCGAGGCCAAGACGGAGCUCUGCGAGAACGUGGACCCCAACAGCCCUGCUGCAAAAAAGAAGUACGUCAGUUAUAACAACCUGGUUAUCUAGCCCGCUCCGCCACGGGCGCGAGGACGGAGAGGACUUCCAUGCGCUGCGGGCACGGGCCUCCAGCCGGCCCCGCCGCCAGCAGAGGCCGGGCCGCGCCGGGAGCUGCUGCCCACGGCCGCUCCGUGUGCCCGGCGUGGGCUGGGCGGUGAGAUGCGGCCAUGGGGCUACAGCCUGGCCCUGCUCCGCCGCGGAGCUGCCGAGCCCACGGCACGGAGGAGCGCUCCCCGGCACUGCGAGGACUCACAGGGGCUGUUCUGUCUUUCUAUGUACUUCCAGACUGCAAGUUUUUGAACUUUCUGUACAGUUUGUGAGGAUUUUUGCAUAUUGCCAUCCAUGUUGUUUCGAGGUCACUUUUUGUUUUGUUUUGGUUUUUUUUGAAUGCACAGUUUCAUUGAGGCCCUAUUCUCGGAGACUUAGCACAUUAAAACAAAAACAAAUCUAAGGAUCUAAAAGACCUGUGUACAUGACCUGUAUGAUUACUAUUGUAUCACCGCAAUCCAUAUAUUUUUUUUAACAACAAAAACAAACAAAAAAGAAUUUAAAGACCAAAAACUGUGCUGGCGAGGUGAGCCCCCCCACGCCGAUGGCUGCGGAGGAUGCAGAUGGGAUUUUUGCUGAGUUUUAGUACAGGUCUUGAUAUUUGGAAUGCAUGCCAGUAAUGUAUUUUAUGGUACAUGUUAAUAAUUUAUGUUUGAUAUUUGUAUUUGUGUUCUAUUUUGUUAUUUUAUUUAAGGUAUCUGACUAUUUUGCAAUAAUUUCAAUAAUUCUUAUGAUAUUUGGAAGGAAGAAUAUGGCUUUUACAUGUCUUGAGGUUUUUCUUUGUUGAUGCCCCACCAUGACUGACCAGUGUGGUAAGGACUUACAAAGCAUGUAUGUUUUAUACUGUUUGUAAUAAGUAAUUUCGUUAAUCUUGCUGCUUAUGUGCCAAUUUAGUGAAACCGAUCUCUGCCGCGACCUCCUCCCUUCCUUUCCAUUCUCUCGAUCUUGUGAUAUUAUCCAAGAAUGUAUCAAUAAAGGGUUUUGGUUAACUUUUU